GCACGGAACACCGCAGUAAAUACGCUGUCGAGGAGGCGGGGUUUCAACAUCUCAGCUCCGGGAGAGAAAAAAAAACGUCUCUAAUCCAGUAGUUCAGGUGCCGCCGAAGUCGACCAUUGCUCCUCUCCACCGCCGCGCAUCAGCGAGCCGCAGCGGGACCGCGCGAGCUCCGAGGGACGCGAGGGUGACGGAGGCGUCCCGAGUGGGGCUUUUUUUUUUUGUUUGGUUGUUGUUGUUGUUGUUGUUUUGCUGAUAGAAAAGAAACAGCAAGAGAAGCCAGAAGUUUCCGCGGCGGUGAACGCAGUACUUUCUCCUGAGGGUGGUGUUUUUUUUUUUUUAAUGAUUUUUUUUUUAAAUUUAUGUAUAUUUACUUUACCAGCGUCUGCGCCUUUCAGUUAACGUGACAUGUUUUGACCAGCGACUCCUUCGGCUUCUCGGUCCCUCCUCCCACCCCCGAAACUCCACGAAAAAUACUUCCACUCUCGCUCCCACCGGAGGAUAUUACGGCACUUAUUCUUUUUUUUUUCUCUCUCUCUGAGCCCGGCCGUGUUUCCUGUGCAGCCGGGACGAGUCUUCGCCAUGGAUGGACCUCUGAGAGGGACCAUUAAGUCCAUCUUAAACAACAUCAGGACCAUGUGGCAAAACUAGCUGACCGGCAUCCGCAACCUCCCUCCGACGCUGUUUGUGCAGAGUCAUCAAGACUGCAGGAUGACUGUGUCAUGUAACUCCGUCAUCAAAACACAUCUUAUUACAAGUAUUAGACCGCUGGAUAUCAAAGGCUUGCCAAAACAAAGACUUGGAUUGUGAGGGGGACUUUACGCGACAGACAAAGUCAAAGGAUCUCCUCCACGAGCAGCACAGAUGGAUUAGAAGCCCAUGUGCGACGGGGCAGCUGCAGCAUCUCGUGGAAUAACUUGAACCCGGACUGUCGGGGAGUCACUCCUUCGCCUCCCUCCAUCUAAAGGCAGACCCCUUUAUCCAAUGGCAUGGGCCAAGUUCUUCAGAAAGCCGGGGGGCAAUCUGGGCAAAUCCUACCAACCGGGAAGCAUGCUGUCUCUGGCCCCCACCAAGGGACUACUGAACGAACCGGGCCAGAACAGCUGCUUCCUCAACAGCGCUGUGCAGGUACUAUGGCAGCUGGAUAUCUUCAGACGCAGCUUGAGGCAGCUACCCGGACACUUUUGUCUGGGAGAAUCCUGCAUAUUUUGUGCAUUAAAGGGCAUUUUCUCCCAGUUCCAGCACAGUCGGGAGCGCGCUCUGCCCUCUGACAACCUGCGUCACGCCUUGGCAGAGACCUUUAAGGACGAGCAGCGCUUCCAGCUGGGCUUCAUGGACGACGCCGCAGAGUGCUUUGAGAACAUACUGGAGAGGAUCCACCUGCACAUCGUGCCCGAGGAGACGGAUGCGUGCACCUCCAAGUCUUGCAUCACGCACCAAAAGUUUGCUAUGACGCUUUAUGAGCAGUCUGUGUGCCGUAGCUGCGGGGCAUCCUCCGACCCGCUGCCGUUUACAGAGCUGGUGCAUUAUGUCUCCACCACCGCACUCUGUGAUCAGACGCUUCAGCGAAAAGACGAGUCAUUUGGGGAACUGUUACAAGCAGCAAAUACGAUAGGGGACCUACGUAACUGUCCAAGCAAUUGUGGCCAAAGGAUUAAGAUCAGACGGGUCCUCAUGAACUCCCCAGAGAUCGUUACCAUAGGCUUCGUCUGGGACACGGACCAGUCCGACCUCACAGAAGAAGUUAUCCGCUCGCUGGGGCCUAAUCUCAGUCUCUCUGCUCUCUUCUACAGGGUGACAGAUGAGCAUGCCAAAAAGGGCGAGCUGAUGCUGGUGGGGAUGAUCUGCUACACAAGCCGUCACUACUGUGCCUUCGCCUUCCACACCAAGUCCUCCAAAUGGGUCUUCUUUGACGAUGCCACUGUGAAGGAGAUUGGCUCCAAGUGGAAAGACGUGGUCACCAAAUGUAUCAAAGGUCACUUCCAGCCUCUCCUCCUCUUUUACGCCAACCCGGAUGGGAGUGCUAUCCCCGCAGAUGAUGCCUCAAGCCAAAACAGUGGCCAGCCUCACUACAAGACCUCUGUCAAUGGAGAAGUGCAAGGCUUCGAGUCUCCAGUUGUAGCCCUCAAGAAGCUGGACCUCACUAGGGAGAAUCUGAACACUGUGUUGGGCCAAAGCUCUUUGAAACAGAAGACCCCUUCGACCCUCAGCAAGGGCAGCGGUCAGACCGGUGUUGAACGGGGACCAGUGAAAAUUGGCAGUGGCGAUCCCAAGAGUCGCCCGAGGGAUAUUUCUCGAGAAGUUGCCCAGAGAUCAGGAGCGAUGCGUGGGAUGCAUCCAUCCAGAAGAGAGCCUGAUAGGAGCGGUCAUCGGAGGCCGGAGUUGCGCUACAGAGAUCCACGUCAGGACAGGACUUACUCCCGCUCCGUCUCCCCUCCAGAGAAUGGCUUCAAACAACACCUGGAACCCCGUCUGUACAGCAGCCAGGGAAAAGGUCCCACGCGGACAGAGCGAACGCCCCACCUUGGCGGGAGGUCCUCCCACGACCCGCCUCGCUCCCACUCGAGGGUCCAGGCGCCGCACACCGCGCCCAGCGUCAGUAGUGGUCAUCACAGUCGGAGAUUGGACCAAGUCCCCGACGGAUCCGACACUGACAGCAGCAGCCAGGACUCCAGGCAACGUCCCACGAGCAGAGGGAACAACCGCAGCAGGCCCGACCGCCCCUGGAAGCCCGUGCGCGAGGCGUUAAACGUGGACAGCGUCUUAAGCGCCGUCGAUCCGGCCAGUUCGGGGCGACGGCAGCAGAGCCCCGCGCGGAGGAGACCCAGCAGCCAGUCGCCCUCCCGGGAGCGGGAGCGGGAGCGCGAGUCCUCGUGGGCGGGCCGAGAAGAGCGCCAGCCGAAGAGCCUCAUGACCAUCUACGAGGACGAGCAGCGCCACGAAACGGGCGGCAGCCGGAGCUCGCUGGACUCGGACGGGCGCCACAGCGACAAGGACCGCUCCAAGGGCCCGGCGGUUCUCAAAGUGAGGAACGACAACUGGAAGAUCCAGCGGACUGAGUCCGGAUACGAAAGCAGCGACCGACUCAGCAACGGCUCGGCGAGCCUGGACUCCCCCGUGGUGGACAACCUCUCCUCCAAAGACCUGCGGAGCGUUCCUGAGCUGCAUUUCUCGAGGGAUCACAUCCCUCAGAGAAGAAGUGAUGAUUUGAACGCUGACUUAUCGCACUCCACAUACUCCACUGGUGAACAAGAAAGACGAUCUCCAGAUCUACAAGACGGAGACAUCCUGUCUGGUCAGCCAAUACAAAGAAGAACAGCCUUCCGAUACACUCCCGGGAUUUCGGAAAGGAACAACGGUCCCGACAGCGAACAGGAGGACGACGUGGACGGCGGCAGCCCCGUGAGCCCCGUGUCUCGCUACUUCGCAAAGACCAGCAGCUCCGAGUGGAACAGCUCGGACGACCUCGCCGGCCCCCUCUCCGAACAGGACGAGGCCGCCGCCGCCCGCCGAGACCCCCUCGCGCACGGCCAACCCCCGCCCCUCCCCCCAAAGACCUUCGGCAGCGGCGGCGGCGGCCACGCCGACCCCCGGCCGCCGGGGGUGCCGGCGCGGCUGAGCCCCCGCCGCGGGCCUAAGAGCGACUCGUCCCCGCUGUCUCACGCCGCCGUGCGUCGGUGGAUCGAGACUCCCGCCGAGCACGGGCUCUCGUCGGACGCCAGCUCCAGGUCGGGCUCGUCGGAUCACGACCGGAACGACCUGUCGGCCAGCGAGAGCGACGAGAGGCCGCCCGGUCCGGACCUCGGGCCGGAUGUGGCUUUCCCCACCACUUAUUUCUCGGUGGACAGCUGCAUGACGGACACCUACAGGGCCAAAUACCACAGGAGGCCCGUCGUGAAGGCCGAGGACCACGCGUCCUCGGGGGAGAGCGAUGUGGAAGGGAGGCUCCCUCCGUCGGACGUUCAACCGCCGGAGCUCAUCAAGAGCAGAUCGGAAUUAGGCUAUCCCACCACAAAGACUGCUGCAAAGUGGAACCUGAUUACUUCAAAAGGACUCGAUGAGCAUGGUUUCCUAUGAUUUUAGGAAGAAGCAUCAAUCGACCUUGCGUAACCCAGCGACUGGAUGCCAAAAAUAAUUGCUAUGCACUACGGCUGCUCCACAGUUUGACUCCUUCUGACUGGGAUGUGUAAUACUAUGUAUACUUGUCACACAGAAAGUUGGACAUGAAACUGGAUGCCAAAGAGAUUGUUAGAAGAACGGCAGGUGUCCUUAAUAGCUAUCCUUCAGCUUUGGUUCUGAACUACUAAACGCUUUGAAUGGAUAGUGAACUUGCACAGUACCACACAGGUACACAGGCGAAAGAAUGUUGCUGGUUGGACCGGUGGCGCUCAAAAGCAAAAAAAGGGGGGGGUUGGGUUUGUAAAGAAUGUGUCACUAAAAGCCACGUUUCCAAUCAAGAGAUUCAAAGUUUUACGUCACUCAAAGAAAUCAGCGACUUCCCUUCCGCUUCGUGAAAUGCUUCUAUUUGCUGAUUUAGAGCCUCCAGGUUUAGUGUUACAAGGGGUCUGCCUAAUGUCACAUGUUAGACUAAGCUAUAACAUUCUUUGGUGGACUUUGGAACGUAACGCAACCUAUUGAUCGCUCUUUUGGCCCGACCUCCGAGUGGAUCCCAAGGAUCCGUGUGGGGAGGCCCACAGGUUUUUCUCAUUUUGCCUGAUGAGACUUUGUCAAAGAAAAGAUGAACGGCAGGGAAACGUCUCUUGUUGGUACAUGAGGUUAUUUGAACCUAAUGGGGAUUUCUUCCGCUCCGCCUCGCCCUUCACACCCCUUCACCCAGAGUAGAUCCAAUACCUCUGACCAGGGCCUACGAAGGUACAUAUGCUUAUUGAUUGAUUGUUGGUGGGUAUGUGGCAUGGUAACCUCGAAGCAGAUCCCACUUUCCCUACGUGCACAUCCACACACUCCCUGAACAGUUUGGUUCUUUUCGUCUUUGAACUGUAUUUCUGUUUGAUUGUUUCUCUUUAACACUGAUCAGUUAUAGGCUUAAUUCGAUUGUUUAUUUUUUUUUAAUCAAUUAUGGAGUUCCCUCUCUAGUUUCUUAAGAAUACAGUGUCAUCUAGAGGUGAAUGAGCAUUUGUAAUUUUUUUGAGAGGGAUUAGUGAUGAGGUUGUGAAUUUGCGUAGUGUCUACAUUUUGUUAAUAACUGUUUAAUAUAUGCAGCAGACUCUAAUGCACAGUGCCUUUUGUAUUUUUCUAUGUCAUGACCACAUUAGAUUGGAAACAUGGUUUGUACAAUUCUGUGAUUUUUGAAAAGUUUUUGCAUUUGUAUUGAUUAAUAAUUGUUAAAUAAACCGUUUUAUUUAACCAUUAA